AUGGCGACAGCGCAAGAACCACAAAGCCACGAACCGAAUUUGCCCAAAUAUGACGCCCUUGAAAUGGAGAAGCAGCAGCAGCAACAUGACGUACCUACUCCUCCAGACGAUGGCGUCCGGAUCGCGGAUGAGCUGGAUCCCAACGUUGUAGACUGGGACGGGCCUGACGACCCAGCCAAUCCUCUGAACUGGUCGCCGUUGAAGAAAUGGGCGAACAUCGUCGUCCUUGCCAUAAUCACGUUCAACGUUCCGCUGGCUUCCACCAUGUUUGCGCCCGGCGUGCCACAACUCCUCGAGGACUUCGACACACGUAACGAGUCUCUGGCAACUUUUGUGGUGUCAGUGUACAUCCUCGGCUUGGCUUUCGGUCCACUUGCUUUGGCACCGAUGAGCGAGCUUUACGGAAGAGCAAUGAUAUACCACGUUGGAAACGUUCUCUUCAUCAUAUUCACGGCCGGUUGUGCUCUGUCAACUAGCAUGGGCAUGCUCAUUGCCUUUCGUUUCCUAUCGGGAUUAGUAGGCGCUGGUCCGAUCACGAUUGGCGCCGGCACCAUUGCCGAUCUCAUGACGGUACGACAGCGGGGAAUGGCCAUGUCCGUUUGGAGCCUGGGGCCACUUCUAGGCCCUUCAAUCGGUCCAAUUGCCGGGGGAUUUCUUGCUCAGGCUGAGGGUUGGCGCUGGAUAUUCUGGGUUCUCACGGCCACUGCCGGCGUGAUCACGAUCAUGGGCUUCGUCGUACUUCGUGAAACCAACGCGCCUGUGCUGUUGAAGAGAAAGACUCAACGCCUCCAAAAGCAGACUGGCAACAUGCAACUUCGGUCCAAGCUUGGUUCAAACCUCAAUCCCAGAGAGCUGUUCCUCCGCUCGAUCCUGCGUCCUUCCAAGUUCUUGGUCUUCUCCCCGGUCUGCCUCCUACUCAGCAUAUACGGGGCCUUCAUCUACGCCAUGAUCUACUUCAUGUUUAGCACCUUCAGUUUCGUCUUCCAGGAAACAUAUGGCUUCGGCCAAAGCACUGUAGGUUUGGUAUACAUUGCGCUCGGCAUCGGCAUGAUGAUUGGCCUCGCGAUCCAGCAGGCGACGGGAAACAGGAUAAUGUCAAAACUGGCCAACAGACACCAUAGCGGCAAGCCGAAGCCCGAAUACCGACUACCCAUCAUGAUUCUGGGUGGCCUCUUCAUUCCCUCUGGACUCUUCAUAUACGGAUGGACAGCACAGGCGCAUAUCCAGUGGGCAGUGCCCCUGCUGGGGACGCUCGUUGUUGGCACGGGCGUAAGCAUCAUCAACAUUAGCGUCAACCUGUACCUUGUGGAUGCCUAUACCGUCUACGCAGCUUCAGCUCUUGCAGCGUCGACCAUUCUGCGAUCUAUUUUCGGUGCCACAUUUCCGUUGUUCGCGCUACAGCUUUUCGACAGCCUUGGUCUCGGCUGGGGAAACAGUCUGCUCGGCUUUGUUGCGGUAUGCAUGUGGCCUAUUCCGGCACUCUUCAUCAGGUAUGGUGAGUAUCUUCGAACAGCUCCGAAAUUUCAGAUCAAGCUGUGA